GCUGGAGAACAGCUUUGUUCCUAUUAACACUAGUAGUUCAUUGUUGGCGGCAGAAGAUUUUCGAAUCAACCUGAAAAUGCUCAAUAUCUGCGGAAUAAUGAAAUUACGUGUUUCUCAUUUAUUAUUGCGAUAUUUUCCAUACGCUGCUUCUGCUUAGCGUAGUUAUCGAACUUUGCAAAUCGGGAGCGACUUUGAAAACAGAAAACUAUCUCAGAAUGCAAUUGGAUGUGUGAUUGGAUAAAUUCACCCCGUGGUGUGAUUUACAUAAACAAUUAUCUAUAGAAUAUUCAAUCAAAUUUUGCAAAUGAUGGCAGAAGAUUGGAAGGACUGCGCUGAUAAUGAUAUCAAAAUACGCAAAGUAACCAGCAAAGCAAGAAUAUCGCAUUACAUUAGCAAUGCGGUUGUCACUACGCACACAAUCGCUAUAUGCUUUUACGGCAUUGGUGUCGUUUUAACCGAUGUCGACAUUACUGAUCAUACGAUCGAAAUACCCCACAUAUACAAAAUGGAAGUUCUGUUUGAAAUAAAUACGCAGAGCACAUACAGAUUCACGUUAAUUAUGGAACUGAUACAUCUUCUAUUGUGUAGCCUGUGCUUGGCCAUUUUAAACGUUUUGAUUUUGAUAUUGACCCUACACGUAGGUGAUCAGAUAGAUAUAUUAAUUUUUUGGUUGACGGAACUAACGUUCGUAGAAAACAAACAUAGAUUCCGCAUGAUGAGAAAGAUUAUCCAGAAACAUCAGAAAAUCAUCCACUUUGCGGAGAAUAUCGAGAAACUGUAUACAAUCAUCGCAUUGAUGCAGUUUGUGUCAAACGUGGUGAUGAUUUGCAUAUUAGGAUUUUUAAUUAUAAUAGCGCUCGAUAAUCCCAAUGCGACGGAGAAGAUAAUGAGACCACUUGCAUAUUACAGUGUGACAAAUCUAGAAGCGUUUAUUUUCUGCUAUGCUGGGGAAUAUUUGAUCAACAAGAGCAGGGCAAUCGGAUACGCUGCGUACGAAUCCGCUUGGUACGAUAUGGAACCUAAAUACAGUCGUAUUCUGUUGCUUAUCAUUUCAAGAUCGCAGAAGCAAUUAACACUGACGAUUGGGAAGUUGAUGGACCUUUCAUUGCCGCGCUUCGCAAGUAUUAUGAAUUCCGCGGGCUCAUAUAUGUCGGUGUUAUUAGCGAUGCAAUGAGGAGCAACGCUACGAGGAUAUUCGUCUCAUCGUCUUUCCAUCGAUAAUCGUGGAUUACGAACGAAAUAAAUAUGCAAAUCACUAGUUAGUACAUGAUUCGCAAUUAUGUAACGUAACUUGCGCGUGGAGUCUUCUCCAUGGUAGUGCAAAGAAAUUUAAUUAGUCGUGUAACGCGAAGAGCUCUGUAGCUAGUUUAAGGGCCACAGCGUUAGGAUGGCACUGCAGGCUCCGCCAGAAGAGAAGAGAAGGGAGUCUGACCUGAGCCAUCGUAGUGAAUGAGUGCAUAAUCUAUAUUCUUAUGUAUUUCUUGGUAACGCACAAUACAGUUC